CUUUUUACAGAUAAACAAAGUGGUGCAAUAAUUCUACAUUAUAUUCCACUGAGAGUUUUGUUUAUAAUCAGGGGCUAAAAAUGGAUGAUGAGCAGGAAACUUACAAGCUAUGGAGAAUCAGAAAAACGAUAAUGCAGCUGUGUCAUGAUCGAGGUUACUUAGUUACUCAGGAUGAAUUGGACCAAACUUUGGACGAAUUUAAAGACCAAUUUGGAGAUAAACCCAGUGAGAGGAAGCCAAGCAGAAGUGACCUUAUCGUGUUGGUUGCCCAUAAUGAUGACCCUACAGAUCAGAUGUUUGUAUUUUUCCCGGAGGAGCCAAAAGUAGGCAUAAAGACAAUAAAGACAUACUGCCACAGAAUGCAGGAGGAAAACAUCACCAGAGCUAUCAUCAUUGUACAGACAGGCAUGACACCCUCCGCAAAAUCGUCCCUGACAGAUAUGGCCCCUAAAUACAUCCUGGAACAGUUUUUGGAGUCAGAACUUCUUGUCAACAUUACAGAACACAUGCUUGUACCAGAACAUGUGGUGAUGAUUCCUGAUGAGAAGACAGAACUUUUGAGCAGAUAUAAAUUGAAGGAGUCCCAGUUGCCCAGAAUACAACAAGGAGACCCAGUAUCAAGAUAUUUUGGACUCAAACGAGGCCAGGUUGUCAAGAUCAUCAGGAAUUCUGAGACAGCAGGACGAUAUGUGAGCUACCGGCUUGUGGUGUAGUUACCAAAGUGUAAUAGUGAGGGCCAGUGUGGGAGUAUGUUUGUGUAUGUAUGAGGGUAUGACUGGGAAAAUUUUUUUCCAACCAUUUCUCUUGAUGUCCAUUGUUCAUUUCAUUGAAGAUGUUUAAUUGUUCUGCUGUUUCUGACAGAAGUUGGUCGGAAUUUAUUAUCAUGCAUUUCGACCUUGGCAGAAUGACAAUGACUUACAGGUUUACCCAACCAGUUCCAUUUUACAUAUAUUUUUCUAUCCGUUCCUGUUGAAUAUUUGUAAGAGGAACAAAACUCAGAAGUUUAACAUAAAAGACAUAGUGUUGGUGAAGUAGUUUUCACCAUUGUCAGCUAAAAUCAAGACUCUUUACAAAAUAUGGUUUCUUCAAUAUUGAACAAAGAAAUAUUUCAAUGUAUGUGUUGUAUCUGUUUCUAAGUGGCUUACAAACUUGACCUUUUCUUCCUCUUGUCAGUCAGAUUAUGAUGGCAGGUUUACACAGUGUAGACAAUGUACUUACCUUUGUGAAACCAUCCCUACCUCACCUGUCUGAAUACCUGAUAAUCAGAGAGGUCAACUCCCUUAUAGUCUGUUUGAUCAGGAAUAAGGCAGGUGUUAAUUUGUUGGAUUCGAGUGCAAAUGACAGUAAAGAAUCUGUGAGUCUGUUUGAAAAUCUUGUUACUUUUGCAAGUUAUCUUGAAUACAUGAGAAUACCUGUAAAAUCUGUAAACAGGUAUAUUUCUACUGUCAGACAGUGAGACAAGUGAUUAGCUGGAAUUAUCACAGAUGUUGUUACAGGUAACUACAACAAACACAUCGGUUUUACAAAUAAGUACAUCUUGUUUUGACAGUUUGAUGGCUUAGCUUAGUGUCAGAUCAUCAGAGUAAGGACCUCAAGUUUAUCCUUUGUUUUAUAAAUUCCUAUUGUCACUGAUUGUGUUAUCAUUCAUUGUUGUAGUAUACUUAUAGUGACAUGAUCAAGCUUUUGUUGAGGUAAAGGUUUCUUUAUUGACCCAAAAAACGGUUUAUUUAUUGAGGACAUAGCCCUUGGUGAUCGUAUAUCUUGUAUCUGGUUGGUUAAAACUGUGUUCAUGUAUAUUGACUAAAUACAAAAACAUAUGAUGAAAGAUACAAAUUUUGUGGUCUCAAAGAUAAUGAUGACAAAGUUAUGUAAAGAGUAUUCAGAGAAAGGCGUGGUCCAUGUCUGGAACAUUCUGUGAUGUUAUAAACAUUAUGUGAAUUUAAUCAUGGACAUAUUCAAAACGAGUGAAGAUUACAUGUGUUUUCUUUUAAUUCGUUGCAAUCAGUGGACAAAAAGUGGGAGUACAUCCAUCUUUGUUCAUCAUAGUUAAGGAGGAUUUUAUUGUUUUUACUGAAGAUUUUAAUGUUAUAAUUAAAAGUUCUGUCACAAGAAGAUAUGGAGAAAUGUUCCUGAAAAAUAUGAUCCUAAAGAGAUUACAUGUAAAAAUAAAAUCAGUUUGAUGUGA